CAUGGAUACUAGUCAGAUUUGUUUCCGCUGAGCCACAACGGGAAUUCCUCUGAUUCAUUAAUUUCUGUCGUAAGCACUUUUUGAACAUCUACUCUGUGUCAGUCACUAUUCUAGGUUCUCAGGAUAUACCCAUGACCUAAACAGACAGAAAUCUACCCUGGCGGAGCUGAUCUUCUAGUUAUGGCGGUGAGGAGACAGACAGUAAAGAAUAAAGCAACCAAUAAGUUAGAUGGUGUCUUUUCUGAGGAGGUGAUAUAUGCUGGGGGGAAUAAUUGGCCAGGUGAGGGAACUCAGGAUGUUUCAGAUUUUUAAACAGGCUUAUAUUCAUGGAGGGUUAUCUAUGAAAAAGGUGAUAGUUGAGCAAUGACCUGAAGAGGGUAAGGGAGUGAGCUCUUUUGAAAUCUAGGGGAAGGGUACCAGGAACAGCCAGUGCAAAGGCCCUGAGGUUGGACUUUUUGGGUGUGGCUGCAGAACAGCAACUAGCAACCAUUGAGGGGGAGAUGAGGCCGGGGAGAAGGGGGACCUUUGUCAGUGCCCACCACCUGCAACGGCCAGCCCCUGGGGACCCUGUUCCUAAGUAGCCCACCUGGGUACUGAGGCUUGGGUGGCUGGGCCACAUUAAGGACUGAGGUGUUCAUUUGGGUUGAUAAAGGAGAUGUGCGUUCUCCAGUAGAGGAAAAAUGUGACCCGGCUCAUAAAAAACCUAGGUGUGGGACCCAAUGGUCCCAACCUGAUUGAAUCCUUCUAGUAGCUCUUAGGGUAGCAGGUAUACUUUGAGAUUCCGUCCCCCCCCCAUAACCUCACCCAGUGGUUGAGUCCAGGCAGGAACCUCCUCUUCCAACACCCCUCACCAGUUAGACCAAUGGGGUAGUCCACUGGUUACCUUGACGAUGGUUGCUGGGGGAGGCAGGAGGGUCCUUGUGGUCACAGGGAGCAUUCUGCUUUGGCAGCAGUUGGGGGUGAUGUGGGGCUGGUGCCAGCGGAACAUGCCAUUCUAUGGGCAUGCCCGGGGCCGUGUCAGUCGUCCCAGGAUCCUGGGCGAGCCCCCAGCCCCGCCAGUGGCUGGGUCCAUCAGUGCAGCUGCACCCAGUGCCUGCUGUGGAACUCCCUGCUCCCACAAUGAGGCUGCCGCCAUGGAGGCCACCGCUGCAUCAGUUGGGCCCUUUCCCUCAGCCAGCCACCCAAGCCUCAGUACCCAGGUCGCCAUGGAUCGGAUGAAGAAGAUCAAACGGCAGCUGUCAAUGACACUCCGAGGGGGCCGAAGUGUAGACAAGACCAAUGGUGCCCCAGAACAGAUAGGCCUCGAUGAGAGUGGCGGUGGUGGUGGCAGUGACCUUGGAGAGGCCCCCACACGUACCGCUCCUGGGGAACCUCGCUCUGGACGGGGCCCACUCAGCUCUGCACCAGAGAUUGUACACGAGGACUUGAAGAUGGGGUCUGACGGGGAAAGUGACCAGGCUUCAGCCACGUCCUCGGAUGAGGUGCAGUCACCAGUGAGGGUGCGCAUGCGCAACCAUCCCCCACGCAAGAUCUCCACCGAGGACAUCAACAAGCGCCUGUCACUACCAGCCGACAUCCGGCUGCCCGAGGGCUACCUUGAGAAGCUGACCCUCAAUAGCCCCAUCUUCGACAAGCCGCUCAGCCGCCGCCUCCGGCGUGUCAGCCUGUCUGAGAUCGGCUUUGGGAAACUGGAGACUUACAUCAAGCUGGACAAGCUGGGAGAGGGCACCUAUGCCACCGUUUACAAAGGCAAAAGCAAGCUCACAGACAACCUCGUGGCACUCAAGGAGAUCAGACUGGAACAUGAAGAGGGGGCACCUUGCACCGCCAUCCGGGAAGUGUCCCUGCUCAAGGACCUCAAACAUGCCAAUAUCGUCACGCUACAUGAUAUUAUCCACACGGAGAAGUCCCUCACCCUUGUCUUUGAGUACCUGGACAAGGACCUGAAGCAGUACCUGGAUGACUGUGGGAACGUCAUCAACAUGCACAACGUGAAACUGUUCCUGUUCCAGCUGCUCCGUGGCCUGGCCUACUGCCACCGGCAGAAGGUGCUACACCGAGACCUCAAGCCCCAGAACCUGCUCAUAAACGAGAGAGGAGAGCUCAAGCUGGCCGACUUCGGCCUGGCCCGGGCCAAGUCAAUUCCAACGAAGACCUACUCCAAUGAGGUGGUAACCCUGUGGUACCGUCCCCCCGACAUCCUGCUCGGAUCCACGGACUAUUCCACUCAGAUUGACAUGUGGGGUGUGGGCUGUAUCUUCUAUGAGAUGGCCACGGGCCGGCCCCUCUUCCCAGGCUCCACGGUGGAGGAACAGCUGCACUUCAUCUUCCGCAUCUUAGGAACCCCAACUGAGGAGACGUGGCCGGGCAUCCUGUCCAACGAAGAGUUCAAGACAUACAACUAUCCCAAGUACCGAGCCGAGGCCCUUUUGAGCCAUGCACCCCGACUUGACAGCGACGGGGCUGACCUCCUCACCAAGCUGCUGCAGUUUGAAGGUCGCAAUCGGAUCUCCGCAGAGGAUGCCAUGAAACAUCCAUUCUUCCUCAGUCUGGGGGAGCGGAUCCAUAAACUUCCUGACACUACUUCCAUAUUUGCACUAAAGGAGAUCCAGCUACAAAAGGAGGCCAGCCUUCGGUCUUCAUCAAUGCCUGACUCAGUUGCUGUGAGUGGAGGGCGAACGGCUAUGGCGGCGGUCGCAGCGAGUCCAGCGGCUGCGGCCGAGGAACAGGAGCUACAGCGCGAAGCGGUGCCGGGCCUCGAGAGCCAGCGGCGCCAGAUCGAAAACGGCGAGAAUGGGCGAGGGCGUCCGCUGCAGGCCGGCGAAAGCUGGUUCCUCGUGGAGCAGCACUGGUACCAGCAGUGGGAAGAGUACGUGCAGGGAGGAGACCAGGACUCCAGCACCUCCCCUGGCUGCAUCAACAAUGCUGGGCUCUUUGAAGACCAGGUAAACUGGCGCCUCAAGAAGGGACUGGUGGAAGGUGAGGACUAUGUGCUGCUCCCAGCGGCUGCUUGGCAUUACCUGGUCAACUGGUAUGGUCUAGAGCAUGGCCAGCCUCCUGUCGAACGCAAGGUCGUGGAGCUGCCCGGCAUCCAGAAGGUCGAAGUGUACCCAGUAGAACUGCUGCUUGUCCAGCACAGUGAUAUGGACACAGCCCACACUGCUCAAUUCAGCCACACAGAUUCGCUCGACCUCGUCUUACACACCGCGCGGGAGCAGUUUCUGGUGAGCCCCCAGGAGGAGACACGGCUGUGGAUCAAGAACGCAGAGGGCUCCUUUGAGAGGUUGUGCAACACACACGUCACAGUGCUUGACGCCGCUCUCAAGACUGGGCAGGUGGUCAUCAUGGAGACCCGAAACAAGGAUGGCACUUGGCCCAGCGCACAGCCGCACGCCAUGAACAGCGCCACGGAGGAGGAGGAGGACUUCCAGGGCCAGCCAGGCAUCUGCGGUCUCACCAAUCUGGGCAACACGUGCUUCAUGAACUCGGCCCUGCAGUGCCUCAGCAACGUGCCGCAGCUCACCGAGUACUUCCUCAAAAACCGCUACCUGGAGGAGCUCAACUUCUGCAACCCGCUGGGCAUGAAGGGGGAGAUCGCCGAGGCCUACGCAGACCUGGUGAAGCAGGCAUGGUCCGGCCACCACCGCUCCAUCGUGCCCCACGUGUUCAAGACCAAGGUCGGCCACUUCGCGUCCCAGUUUCUGGGCUACCAGCAGCAUGACUCACAGGAGCUGCUGUCGUUCCUCCUGGAUGGGCUGCACGAGGACCUCAACCGUGUCAAGAAGAAGGAAUACGUGGAGCUGUGCGAUGCUGCGGGGAGGCCAGAUCAGGAGGUGGCUCAGGAGGCCUGGCAGAACCACAAACGGCGGAACGAUUCUGUGAUCGUGGACACUUUCCAUGGCCUCUUCAAGUCCACGCUGGUGUGCCCUGAUUGCGGCAACGUGUCUGUGACAUUCGACCCCUUCUGCUACCUCAGUGUCCCGCUGCCUGUCAGCCACAAAAGGGUCAUGGAGGUCUUCUUCGUCUCCAUGGACCCCCGCCGCAAGCCAGAGCAGCACCGGCUCGUGGUCCCCAAGAAAGGCAAGAUCUCGGAUCUGUGUGUGGCUCUGGCCAAACACACCGGCGUCUCGCCAGAAAGGAUGAUGGUGGCCGACGUCUUCAGUCACCGCUUCUAUAAGAUCUACCAGCUGGAGGAGUCUCUGAGCAGCAUCUUGGACAGAGAUGACAUCUUCAUAUACGAGGUGUCCGGCAGGGCUGCCAUCGGCGAGAACUCCAGAGAGGACGUUGUGCUUCCCAUCUACCUGCGGGAGCGCACCCCAGCCCGGGACUACAACAACUCCUACUAUGGCCUGAUGCUCUUUGGACACCCGCUCCUGGUGUCGGUACCCCGGGACCGCCUCUCCUGGGACGCCCUGUAUCACAUCCUGCUGUACCGCCUCUCGCGCUACGUGACCAGACCCAGCUCAGAUGACGAGGACGAUGGUGAUGAGAAAGACCUGGAGGAUAAGGACACCCUCCCUAAGCCUGGACAUGUGGCUGGGAGCAGCUCCCAAGACCCUGGGCUGGAGCAGGCUGGGCCCAGCUCUGGCGUCGCGGGCGGGAGCCGGGCCCCCGUGGACAACUCCCCUGGACCAUCUCACUGGCCCCAGAGGGCCCGGCGCAAGCACCUCUUCACCCUGCAGACAGUGAACUCCAACGGGACCAGCGACCGCUCGACCUUCAACGAGGAUACUCAUGGUGUCUCCUUCAGCUCCCAGCCGUACAUCGCCAUCGACUGGGAGCCAGAGAUGAAGAAGCGGUACUAUGAUGAGGUGGAGGCCGAGGGCUACGUGAAGCACGACUGCGUCGGCUAUGUGCUGAAGAAGGCUCCGGUGCGGCUGCAGGAGUGCAUUGAGCUCUUCACCACUGUGGAGACCCUGGAGAAGGAAAACCCCUGGUACUGCCCCACCUGCAAGCAGCACCAGCUGGCCACCAAGAAGCUGGACCUGUGGAUGCUGCCCGAGACGCUCAUCAUCCACCUGAAGCGCUUCUCCUACACCAAGUUCUCCCGCGAGAAGCUGGACACUCUCGUGGAGUUUCCCAUCCGGGACCUGGACUUCUCCGAGUUCGUCAUCAAGCCGCAGAACGAGUCGGCCCCAGAGCUGUACAAAUACGAUCUCAUCGCGGUUUCCAACCAUUACGGGGGCCUGCGUGACGGACACUACACCACGUUCGCCUGCAACAAGGACAGCGGUCAGUGGCACUACUUUGAUGACAACAGCGUCUCGCCCGUGACAGAGAAUCAGAUCGAGUCCAAGGCAGCCUACGUCCUCUUCUACCAACGCCAGGACGUGGCCCGUCGCCUGCAGCCCCAGCCCGGCUUCUCUGAGACCCCCGUGUCCCCCGCCUGUGGUAUCCCGUCCAGCUCUGAGUUCAUGGAUGUAAACUGAGGCCCUGGCCCUGCCACAGGGAAGGAAGCCAUCUCCGCUCCCUUCCUUCCCGAGCCCACCCCUGUCCUCUGACCAUGUUAGGUACCCGUGCCAGGUGUCACAGGCUUCGUCGUGGCUACUGUUCUCCUGUGCUGCUAUUUCGCUCUCUCCCGGGGAAGAAGAGGUCGUGUCUCCCUCCAGCAGUGUGUUCCCCACCUGUGUUUGCCCCUUAGAACCUUGCCCUUCCCUUCUAUUCUCUAUUUAUGGUUGUCUCCUGCCCCCUUGUCCUCACCCUGGGGUGUCCUGAGGGGGUGGGGGUGGGGGCGCACCCGAACACAGAGUGUAUUUUCUUAUUGAAACCCUGUUACCUUGCGCUGUGUAUAUAUAAAAGUGCCAGUGUGUUCCUUGGCA